AUGUGCUGCAACUACUCUAGAAACUCCUGUGGAGGCUAUGGAUACAGCUCUGGCUGUGGCUAUGGCUCAAGAUAUGGCUAUGGCUGUGGCUGUGGUUCUGGCUAUGGCUGUAGUUCUGGCUAUGGCUGUGGUUCUGGCUAUGGCUGUGGAUAUGGUUGUGGCUAUGGCUCUGGCUCUUGCUGUGGAUACGGCUCUCGCUCUGGAUGUGGAUAUGGUUGUGGCUACGGCUCUGGCUCUGGCUGUGGAUACAGAUCUGGCUAUGGCUGUGGCUAUGGCUGUGGGUCUGGCUAUGGCUAU